GCAACGGGUAGCGAGCCGGGCCGAAUCUUGUACAAGGAUCCGCAGACUAGACCUGGCUGGGGAAGCUGAGACUAUCCAGUCCUUUAGCAUUGUAGCAAUCAGCGAUGGAUAACAGAAACGAAACCCUACCGCCAGGUCAGAAACAAAUAUGUCAACAAGACAAAAGGAAACAAUGAAAUACUGGGCAAGGCUUGCCAGAACCAUUCCCACAACUUACUCCCCAACACCAACAUCCGGACAUUUACAAAGUACUCCUCUGCCCUGUUCUCUUUGUGUUCACAGCGCAUCAUUUCCAGUCAAACAGCCUUCAUCUGUUUCUCUCCAACUUCGCAAAUAAAAGGAUUUUUUUUUUUUUACGUUUUAAGGAUGAAAAACAUAGAGGUUGGAGGCUUAAAAAUAAUCCCGCAAAAAGAACCAGUAGGUGAGAGAUGAGAGCUGGAUAUCCACUCCAGAUUUUGCGGGAACAGGAAUUGAGCAAGCCAAUUGAUACUUGAAUUCCGGCUUGCCAGACAUGCCGAUAUAGGUCAACCCCACCCGGGUUAGCGGCUACGCCUCGCCAACAAUAAUGACUCGUCAAUGAAGAUCGCCACUGGGAUCAUUCCAUUUCAUGACGGCAACGCGCCAUCGCGCCACUUUGCGCGGUGGAGAAUGAGCCAGACCCGAAAAGGCGUUGAAAAACAAAUGGCAUUGGGAUCUGAAGCUCGGUUGGCUGUGGCUGGAAUUCACGCACGAGAAGAUAAUUAUGAUGGAAAAGUCAACAGAGGAAUUUAACAUAAACGCAGCAUGUAAAGAGGACAGGAAAUAGAGACCUUGCGGUCGCAGAGGAUGAUGAGAAGAUAGGGCAAACAGGCGUACUUCUAUCUCUGAGCCUUCUUGCCCCUUUCCACCGUGCCUUUGUUGUUUAUCAUUUAAAAGCUCACACAACGCAUGCUCAUUUGAAUGGGCCAUUCUACCAGACCCUUGCCACAGCGUUCUGGUCUCUUCAUGAACAAUGCGUUGAUCUUGUUGGCAGUCCAUUUGCUGCUAAUUCUUGGGAGAAUCGCUUGUUGUGACGAAUACUCCAUGCAUUGCCAGAAAACUGAUGUUGGAAAAGGUGAUUGGAACAACUAUCUCGCCAGGGUAGUGCGCCGUUCAGAAUAUCGUGGUUUGAAUGGGAGAAUGCUGCUUCCAAUCAAAGUUUUAGGAAAAGUAUUUAUUCUAACAUGAAAAAAUAUUCCUCAGCUUGGCGAUUUGAGAUUUUGGCAAUGAUUCGGAACACUCCACUUGACCUUAAUACCAAUCGCCCUUGUUUGAACUUCUCGCUCAAGGGCGCGAAUGCGGGCCGAGCAGUGAUGAACCAACCCGAUUCUUUUUAGUGCUCCUAGGAGUUGCUUGAAGCAUAGAAGCAAAUCCUGGACGGCGUACGGAGUAGUUAUGUUUCAAUUGAUGGAAUCUUCGGUGAAGCUGGGCAAUCCGCUGCAACCUUUUGCUCACCCCGGCUUCCACGAGCCUUCGAGUAUUACUACCCAAGCACUUGCGAUCACCCUCGCUGAUAUUCCUUGCUAGCGUUAGUAGCAAUGUACCGUACCUCCCCUGUCGUGCAAGUAUGGUAUCCAUAUUACCUGCAGCUGCAUAAACACCGAAAAUAAAAAAGUAAAAUAAAAAAUAAAGUUGAAAGCAACGAGCAUAAAUGGCAGCUAUAUCCUAGCCCAAUUUGUUUUCUGUCUGUUUUAUUUGCAUAUGAUAUCGACGAGCGCGUUGUUCCUUCUGGGCUGUUCUCCGAGCUCCCCACAGCAAGGUUUUUGUAUACCCUCUCCCCCCCAGCCAUUCCUUCGCUUUCAUGCUCUCUGCUCCUCGCUCUUUAUUAAUCCAUAGUAUUUGGUUUAUUUAAUUCUUCUCCCGCUUUUCUUCUCUUCUUCCAGAUUAUUUGUCUCAAUUCCCAACUACUUUCUCUAUAUCCAGUGCUUCUUCCACUGGGACUGUCGUUUCAAUUGUUAGUGACCACGUUAGUUAACCUUGAUUUUUAUUAUUAUCUGUCUUUAUCUCCUUUUUGUUUAUAGCACUGGGCCACUAGAAUUUUCUCCCGGGCGGCAUUGUGUUUGCGUACAUCUAAAAGCUUCUGGGAAGGGAGGGCCCAGCUCAGCAUCUAUAAUGGAGCUCGACAACAUGUAUAUGCUCUGUUUUAAGAUAUUAUUCCUCUACCGUUACGUGCGUCUAGUUGUUAAUCUAAUUGCUGUUUGGACAUUCCGGUCGAUUCCACCGCCAGAAAAUCCGACUUUGACUUCUCAAGAUGCAACAAUUAUCAUACCUACUCUACAGGGCUGUGGGGAUGAAUUGGAAGAAACAAUUCGAACCAUUCUUAUCAACGAGCCUUUCCAAAUUAUUCUGGUGACGAUUGAUAGCAACAGGGGGAACGCGGAGAAAAUGCUCGAGAAGAUGCCAGCAUCAAAAGCCCGGAUCAAAUUGCUUAGCAUCCCAAAGCCAAACAAAAGACGCCAGAUGGUGCGGGCUAUUCCCGAGGUCCAAACCAAAAUUACAGUUUUUGUCGAUGACGAUGUAAGCUGGCCGCCGAAGGAACUGCAAUGGCUAUUGGCAGUUUUCGAAAAGGACCCCAUUUACGGGGGGGUAGCAACUUGCCAGCGGCUAAGGCGAUCAGAUUCACCCCUAUUUUCUACACAGCGCGUGUGGGACUUCCUAGGAGCGCUCUAUCUGGAGCGCAGGAAUUUUGAUUGCGCCGCAACAACUCAUGUGGACGGAGGAAUGCCCUGCCUUUCCGGGCGAACUUCCGCAUACCGAACCAAGAUCCUUCAGGACCGGGAUUUCACAUAUAACUUCACCAACGAGGAGUGGUGGUUUGGUAAAUAUGAAUUAAAUGCGGACGACGAUAAUUUCCUCUCUCGCUGGAUGGUAACGCACGGCUGGGAGACAUAUUUCCAAUACCACCCUGAAGCGGAAAUCCAAACAACCCUCGAAAAUAAUGCAAAUUUUCUCAAGCAGUGCGUUCGGUGGUCACGAAGUAACUGGCGGAGUAAUCUCACAACCAUGAUUCAGGAGCAGGUUGUUUGGUACCGCCAGCCGUGGAGUACCUACGCCGUUUAUCUUACUACACUCUCGCCUCCCGCUUUUAUUGGGGACCUCGCUCUCGUCGUCUUCUGCUACUACGGCACAAAGGAAUGGAGCGAGGAGUCGCGCAUGUUCGCGCUCCAAUCAUUAGUUGCGUGGAUGUUCGUUAGCAAAUUUAUCAAGCUUCUAGGUCAUUACAUUCGAUAUCCUGUCGACUUCCUCCUUCUCCCAAUGUCGAUAUUGUUUGGAUAUUUCCACGGCCUGAUAAAACUCUACGCUGCAUUUACUCUGAAUGUGACCACCUGGGGCACCCGCGAUGGUGCAGAUGCCAGUGAUGCCGAACGCAUGCGGAAGAAGCCAGACGACGAGGAGCACACUCGGGAGAAAUAUUAUUCUCUGUUCCGAGCUACGAAGCAAUAAUAUUUUUUGUUUCGUAACGUAUGAGCUGACGCCCUUGGCACAGAAGUCAGCAAAGUGCAGAAAUUUUCGGGCGUGGCCGUAUAAAAUACGUUUCUUUGAAUUGCGGAAAUUUGAUACUGCAACAAAAACCUCCAGCUCUCCACACUGAGCCCGCACGCUACCUGGCUGGCCUCUCAUGUUAGCUUAUGGGCUUCAGGCCAUCCACCCUGCCCCAUGCCUCCAUGCAGGCUGCCAAAUCUGGAAGCAACGAUUUUCUUUGUCCGAGCCACGAUGGAACCUGAAAAAUGCACGACAUGCAAUUUACUUUUUUCUUAAAAAAAAAACUUGUGGUUUUCAAGGAUGGACCGAGCCGUUCCGUUAACGGCCCCAGUUAGGAGUGCCGCGUUAACCAAGCCACGCUUGGGGACCCGGCUCCUCCGCGAUGAUAAAGAAUUUAUCCCUUUCUUGCUCGAAUUCCGGCUCAAAAAAUAUACCCCUAUUUGAUAUUUUUGUCCUUAUUGGCGUCUGGAGCAUUUGUGAUUGUCGAAGUCCCGCAAUUCGGCUUCCAAUAUGGACUAUUUUCGCGUUCUUGCAAAUCUUUGCCCUUUUUGAUUUCUGAUUUUCGUGUUAUUUUUAUUUCUGUUUUUGUUGCGAUUUUUUGGUUUCUUUGUUGUGUUUUUUGAUCAGCACUGACUCCAAAAUGCUACGGUGGUCACGAAUCUCCUUCUCAUCACGAUCGAGCUCAGCAAAUCACGACGUCUUGGAUAAUGGGAAAAUCAACACCAACUAGCAACAGAAUAGAGCCUUGGGACGACAGCACCAUAUUUUUGUUUCCCCUUUUUCCUUUCUCCCUCUUUUUUCAACCCCGUUUCGGCAAUUUUGUUUAACUACCUAAAAGUAUAUGGUUCAGGACUGGGAGCAAUUAAUACUAAUAUCACGAUGUCACAGGUUGUUUGGAGUGGAUAAAAGAAGAAUAUUUUGACGCCAGCGGAGACCUUUUCCCCUAAUUGUGUGCAUCCUCUUAUUCUGUUUUCUAUGUUCAAUUUUCUUCAGUUUGGAGCAAGAUCCGAUGACGUAAUGAUCCUCCCUGCCCUAACUACCUCGGAAUCUUGUCUCAACCCUUUUCUUUAUUUUUCUCUCAAAAAGUUAUGGGUGGGCACUUACAGACUCCAGUCUUAUUUUUUAUUUUUAUUUUUUCCCUCUAACCUUUUGUUUUGAAUAUUUUGCUUAUGACUCUUAUUUUUCGGCCGUUACUUUUUUCCCUUUCAGGCCUCAAUACCCGAGUUUUGUUAUCUUCACUUCUCGCACAUGAAAUUCCCGACUCCUCAAUCUGAUGUCCUUUGGUCAUGCAUUGAACAAUUCUCAUUUACCUACUUAUGAUUCUACAGUUUGUCUGUCUCUUUUCGCGCCAUGAACACUAAAUUACCGGUCAUCAUAAUGUGGUAAUAAUGAACGGAGGAAAAAGGAGCGCGAUAUUGGCCUUUAUUGAACCAAAAGGUGGGAGAGGAUUGAUUACUAGGCGGCCCUAGUCGUAUUUGAGGUUGGAGAAUGUCCCUAGAAAAAGUUCUUCAUUAGUACUGAUAUGUACAUUUCUUUUGCGGAUUUCCUAGGAUUUGGUAUAACCGUGUGCCAAUGUAAACUUUCAACCCUGGAUAUUAUUCUCCUAUAUAUAUACUACCUCCCGCG